AUGUUCCGCGCCACGUCCCGCACCUGCAGAGCCAGCUUCAAGCGGUUCUUUGCCGCCGGCGCCCAGCACGACGCGCCCGCCGCCACACAGACCGAGAUCGACGUGACCAAGGUCUUCAGCAUGGCCGUUUUGGCCGGCGUGUCGCUCUAUUUCUACCGGUCCUCGGACUCCCCCGUUGUCGAGACCGCAUACUACAAGCAGAUGGAAAACCGUGACCAGAUGAGAAGCGACGCGUACUUGAAGCGGUACAAAACCUCGUUCAUCAAGACGUUCAUCCGCGACAAGGGCGGGCUUGGCCAGAACCACUUGAGGGCCGCCGCCCACACGCCCAUUCCGCAAACGUUCAUCCACCUGCACUCGCCUUACGGCCAGCAGUUUGGCGCGGGCAUCAAGACCGACAAGUUGGGCCCCAGAAGAGAGAGAAUAAAGUACUUUGCUCCGUUGCAGAACUAG